AUGUUUUCGCCAGACUCAAUCCAGCUUGGUGACUAUCUCUUUACUCGCCUGCUCCAGCUCGGCGUUGGCUCCGUCUUCGGCGUGCCGGGCGACUAUAACCUGCGCCUGCUAGACCAUAUCGUGCCCUCGGGUCUACACUGGGUAGGCAACUGCAAUGAGCUCAACGCGGCAUAUGCCGCGGAUGGCUAUGCCCGUAUCAACGGCCUAUCUGCGCUGGUCACCACCUUUGGCGUUGGCGAGCUGUCUGCGGCCAACGGCAUUGCUGGCGCAUACGCCGAGAGGUCUGCUGUGGUUCACAUUGUCGGAACGCCCCCGCGGCCGCUGCAGAACUCGCGCGCCUUGAUGCACCAUACCUUCUCCGAUGGCGAGUAUCGUCGCUUUGCGGCCAUGUCCACGCAUAUCACCGCGGCGCAGACGAAUGUGAUUGACUCAGUCACGGCGCCGGAUAAGAUCGAUUGGAUCUUGCAGCAGGCGCUGAUCCACAGCCGGCCCGUGUAUCUGGAGAUUCCCGAUGACAUGAGUGAGACUCUUGUCUCUGCGGGGAACCUGAAGACUCCCAUCCGUGUCCCAGUGACCCCCAGUGCCUCCCAUGAAUCCAAGGUGAUCGCCCGGAUCCUGGAGAGGCUUUAUAGUGCCAAGAAGCCGUUGAUCCUUGUCGAUGGCGAGAGCCGAGCUCUCGGCAUCCUAGACCAACUUGAUUCUCUCAUUAAGACUACCAACUGGCCCACAUGGACAACCGUCUACGGCAAGGGUCUUGUGAACGAGUCGCACCCCAAUGUGUACGGCCUCUAUGCCGCAGCAUUCGGCGACAAGCCCGCACAAGAAUACUUCGAAUCCGCAGACCUAAUCCUGACAUUCGGCCCACACUACAGCGACACCAACACCUACUUCUACUCAACCGUCCCCAAGCCCGCCGCAGCGAUCCAAUUCAAAGACAGCACCAUCCAAGUCGAAAAUGACAUCUACCGAGACAUAUCCUCCAGCACCGUCCUCACCCACCUCCUCCAGUCUCUCGACUCCACCCGCCUCGUCCAAGCCAGCGGCCCCCCAAAGCUCCAAGUAACAACCACCGACAUCAAAGACACAGACAUCAUCGCCCAAACCAAUUUCUUCCGCCUGGUCAACCCCCUCUUCAACGAAGGCGACAUCAUCCUCGCCGAAACAGGCACCGCCUCCUACGGCGGCCGCACCUUCAAACUGCCCCCGCAAUCCCGCCUCUUUACCGCCGUGACCUGGCUCUCCAUCGGCUUCAUGCUCCCCGCCACACUCGGCGCCGCCAUCGCAAAGCGGGAACUCAACAAGCCCACCGGCACCAAGAAUCAAACCGUGCUCAUCAUCGGCGACGGCAGUUUACAAAUGACCGCGCAAGAAAUCAGCGUGAUGAUUAAGGAGAAACUGGAUAUUCUCAUUCUCAUCAUUAAUAACGAGGGGUAUACCAUUGAACGGGUGAUUCAUGGCCGGAAGCAGGGGUAUAACGAUGUGCCUUUCUGGCGGCAUACGCAGGCGUUAAAUUACUUUGGUGCGGAUGAGGAGCAGGUUAAGAAUAGUACUUUCCAGGCUUGGACGUGCGGUGAGUUGAAGGAGGUUUUGAAGAAUGAGCGCGUGCAUAGUGGGAGUGGAGUACGGAUUGUCGAGGUCUUUAUGGAGAGGGAGGAUGUCCAAGGUCCGUUGCUGUAUCUGCUCAAUAAGCAAAUUGCGGAAGAGAAGCAGGAGCAGGGACAAUGA